AGCCUCCGCGGCCGACCCCAGUAGGACACCAAAGCCAACCCCAGCCACAAUCCGCCUCCCGGCUCCGCUGCGGCCUACGCGACACUCGGCUGCGUCUCCAUGGCAACAGUUAACAGCGCUCCAGGACCUGAGGUGCGGGGUCCUUAGCGCAUAGGUGUGUCUAACACACUGCCGGACGGAACGUGCGCUGGCUGGGCUGUUUCCCUUCGCUCCAAGCUCGGGUUUGAGGGUAGCCCUGUGAUGUGCUAGGUCUAACGUGCCUUCCUAAAUAAUAUUGGGGCGCACAGUUCUUGUUCUGUAAUCAGGCGGCGCGGUGGAUACCCGAGGACCGGCCAACCGCUGACAGCCGCCUGCUGCUGCGGCUAGCGCUGUGUUGUGUUGAGCUGGCACUUGGCUCUGGGCUGCCUGGCGGCGGGGACCGGGAGCGCGAGGAGCCCGACUCCCCGGGCACGCAGAUGGACACUCUGUUUCUCUCCCUCUCAUUACAUGGAAUGUCCCCCUUAGAGGUGGCACCCUAGCUGGCUGCCUACUUAGCUGUAAGUACCUGGUUUGUAAAGAGGCUUCACUUAUAAACAAAGACACAAGGGAAAAAUGACAUUCAGAAAAGUGAACAUUGCCAUCCUUGUACUUGCUAUUGUUAUAUUUUUAUUAGUUCUGCAUCACAAUCUUCUAGGUCUCAGUGACUUUUUGAAACGAGAUGUAGCAGAUUCAAGUCCAUUAGGACUCCAGCCUAUAGAUUUCAUACCCGAGGCUCCUCAAAGGCUGACUGACGAAAUAAAUGAUCAGGAAAUUCCUGUGGUCAUUACAGCAUCGGAUGACAGGCUUGGAGGUGUAAUUGCAGCCAUGAACAGCAUUUAUCAUAACACUAAAUCCAACGUGGUGUUUCAUAUUGUCACUCUAAAUGAUACAGUGGACCAUUUGAGGGCGUGGCUGAGUAAAACUGCUCUGAAAAAGGUGAAAUACCGAAUUUUGGAUUUCGACCCUCGUGUUUUGGAAGGGAAAGUGAAAGUGGAGUCUGAACAGGCAGAUUCCAUAAAACCAUUAACCUUUGCAAGAUUCUACUUACCUAUGUUCGUUCCUCAUGCAGAGAAGGCCAUAUACAUGGAUGAUGAUGUAAUAGUGCAAGAUGAUAUCCUUGAACUUCACAACACACCACUGAAACCUGGCCAUGCAGCUGCAUUUGCAGAUGACUGUGACUCAACCUCUAAUAAAUUUGCCAUCCGUGGAGCAGGGAAUCAGUACAAUUAUAUUGGAUUUUUAGACUAUAAGAAACAAACAAUCCGGAAGCUCGCCAUGAAAGCCAGCACCUGCUCUUUCAAUCCAGGGAUCAUUGUUGCUAAUCUAACAGAAUGGAAACUACAGAACAUCACUAAGCAAUUGGAGAAAUGGAUGACACUUAAUGUAGCAGAGGACUUAUACAGCAGAACUCUGGCAGGUAGCAUUGCCACACCACCACUGCUAAUUGUAUUUUACAAGCAACAUUCUAAUAUUGAUCCCAUGUGGAACGUCCGACAUCUUGGCUCUAGCACUGGAAAAAGGUAUUCUCCUCAGUUUGUGAAAGCUGCCAAGUUGCUCCAUUGGAAUGGGCAUUUCAAACCCUGGGGAAGAACAGCUUCAUAUGCUGAUGUCUGGGAGAAGUGGUACAUCCCGGAUCCUACUGGCAAGUUCAGCCUGAUCCGCAGACACUCUGAGAUCUCUGAGUCCAAGUAAAUGGAUUUUAUGAACUAUUGUCAUUUUCUCAGGAAACUCUUGGAGCCAGCAGUGUUUCUUUCAGCUGAUUUGUAUUACAGAGCAGUCUUUGCUUCUCUGGAGCACAGGGGAAAGUACAUUUUCAGGUGAAAUGAUCAACUGUACCAAACUGCAUCCCUGAAAAAGAGACUUAUUUCAAAUAUGAUUGGGGAAACUUAGUCCAGCCGCACUAUGAAGAGCAGAGAAACACCUACAUGAACUAGAAUUUUUGCUAGGUAAUUCCUUUUAAUUACAUUCUUCCAGUCCAGUGCUAGUCUAUGUUUGAUAUUUUGUCAGCUACAGAAAUAGAUGUCUCUUGUUCGUAGGAACAGUUUAUCUGGGUGACAGCCACACGCAAAUCUUGCACACCAAUUUAUUAUAAUCAAAAGCUGCUACUGGUUUCUUGGUAUCUUAUCCUCUGAUAUAUGGAGCUUUAUAAAACGCACUCUCUCUUGCAUGAAGACCCACUCACCAUUUAUAUUUAACCCUUUCUUGCACUGUCUCACUGCGUGUAUGAACUUAAUCUAUAUUUUUCAAAGGUGACUCCUCAAGUGUUAUUUCACUGAGAAUUGUUUUUUAUGUGAUUGCCACACAACACAAACUGUUUUUAAAGGUGUGGAAUAAACUAAACUUUGUUAAAAAAUAAAAUGAUUUUAGGUUAAUUGUUCAAGUAAUUUGAGCAUCAGAUGAAUAUAAAACUCAUUCUGGUCUUGAAAAUGGUACUUCGUCUAGUAGUGGAAACUUGUCUGUUUCAGUAGAUUUUGCAUUUAAUUAAGAAAUAAUGUGAUUUUUUAAAGAAAUUAAUUUCCUUGGCACUUCAAUUAAUUGUAAAAAGAAAAGUAUGCAAAAUGUCUUGAGUAUUAAUUAAGUUUUCAAAUUAGAACCAUGUCAAUUUCUAGAGCCUGAAACAAGUAAUAUCAAGCGAUUAACUAUUGCUCCUGCCAUUUGGAUGGAGUAUCAAAAUUACAGUGAAACCCCGCUAGAACGCAAUGAUUGGGGUCCAAGAAAUUUGAUCGCGAUAAAUGCAGGGUCGCGGUAUAGCGGGGUUACAAAAAUUUACCAUUUCAAGCCAGUCAGUUUCUCUUGGGCAGAAAACCACUUGGGUUUGGGAACUGCCCAUAAAAGUAACUGACAGGGUGCAGCUCCAGCAGCGGGGACUCAGCCAUGUGCUUGGGGAGAGCAGGGGAGACAUGCAAGGGGCAGAGGA